ACACUUCCUUCCUGGCCUUCUAUAAAGAGCAGUCCUAGUGCUGGCAGAGACACCCUCUCCUGCACGGCUGGGCUGAGUGACUGUGGCAGCCACUCUGGAGAGUGAGGCCUGUGCCCAGGGUGGACGGCACAGCGAGUGUGAAUCUCCUACGGCAUCAGAAGUGGACCUAAAGGUGCUGCGCCCAAGGAAGAUGCAGUCCUGUAUGGUGCCAGGGCUGGCCCUGUGCCUCCUGCUGGGCCUGCUCACAGGGGCCAAGCCAGUGCAGGAGUAUGACCCCUAUGCCGAGCUGCCUGCCAUGCCCUACUGGCCCUUCUCCACCUCUGACUUCUGGAACUACGUGCAGUACCUGCAGACGCAGGGUGCCUACCCUCAGGUGGAGGACCUGGCCCGCACCUUCUUUGCACACUUUCCCCUGGGGAGCACCCUCGGCUUCCAUGUCCCCUACCAGGAGGACUGAGUGGCACUGGCUGCGCCUCAGGGCAGGUCUGGAAUUGCCAGGGCCACCCACCUGUAGAGGGCUGGCCUUGUGCCCAGUGAACCCCAGCAGACCUGUGUGUUUCUUUCAAAAACAGCUGCCCCCUACUACUUCACUCCAAUAAAUGUGUGCAGUUUCAGCCCAUGGGGCAUCCACAC